GUGGUUUAGGUACCAAACAUUUAGCCGACAAAAGCUUGGAAAAUGUAGCAAAUAUUCUGAGGUCCACAUGAUUCUUUUUCCUCCUUUACAAUAGGUUACACUUAUGGUGGAACAGCAAUUAUACCAGUCAGCAAACCACUUGGAUAAAAAAUCCAUCAAUCAAACUGCUUUUUCUAUGAAUUCAAAGAAACCCUUCCAACAACAUAAGAGAAGGUAAAACAAUUCAAAACACUUUCUUCGUCCCCAUCACUUUGAUUUUAUAAGCUUCAAAAUCUACCCUUUUUCUCCUUUGUUUUAUUUUACCUCUCUUUGUUUCUUGGAUGAAACCCUCCUUGUUAUCUCUUUUCCUCUCUCUAAUAAACUAUGACAUCCAUGCAAAAGGUCUUGCUCAUAUCAUGGGGAAAGACAGUAACAAGAUCGCAUUAAGAACCACAUCAGAAAGAAUGAAGAUGGUUCCUGCAAGGCUGACACAGAAAUGGGCUACUAUGGCGAGCUUCAUGUUUGUGUGGGCGAUUGUCUCCCAAUACCUCCUUCCUAAUGAGCUUCACCGUAUAAUUCACAGGUUCAAACGGAAGCUCAAGAACUACUUCGAUCCCUAUAUUAAGAUUACCAUCCACGAGUUCACAGGCGAAAGAUUGAGGCGAAGUGAAGCCUAUGCUUCUGUGGAAGCCUACCUUAGUUCAAUCACAUCCAAAAUUGGCAAGAGAUUCAAAGCAGAGAUGGAAACAGAAAAUAGUAACUUGGUUUUGAGUUUAGAUGAGAAUGAGGAAGUAAGUGAUGAAUUUCAAGGUGCAAAACUUUGGUGGGUUUUGAGCAAAGUUGUGCCGCCAAAGUCUACCGUGCAGAGGUUUUGUAAGCUAACUUUUCAUAAGCGGUACAAGGAGAUGGUCACGAAUUCAUAUCUACAGCAUGUUAUGAGACAAGGCAAAGAAAUCAGGAAAGGAAACAGGAAAAGGAGGAUACACAGUAAUUGUUCUGGCUACAAAUGGAGUCACACUGUGUUUGAACACCCUGCAAGCUUCGAAACGAUUGCAAUGGAUCAGGACAAGAAGCAGGAGAUUAUCGAAGAUUUACUGGCUUUCAGCAGGGGUAAAGAUUACUACGCAAGAAUUGGCAAGGCAUGGAAAAGAGGGUAUUUGCUAUAUGGACCACCAGGGACAGGGAAAACAACCAUGAUUGCUGCCAUGGCUAAUCUGCUGAACUAUGAUGUUUAUGAUCUUGAGUUGACAGCGGUUUCGAGCAACAUAGAUCUUAGGAGGCUUUUGAUUGAGACGACCAGUAAGUCUAUAAUUGUGAUAGAGGAUAUUGACUGCUCCGUUGAUCUUACAGGUCAGAGGAAGAAGCGAACAGAGCAAUCUUGUUUGAAAGACGAGAACAAAUGCUCAGUGAAGGAGAAGAAAGAGCAUAAAGAAGAGGGAGAUAGCAGCACCUACGUGACACUUUCAGGGCUGUUGAAUUUCAUUGAUGGGCUAUGGUCAUCAUGCGGGGCUGAAAGACUGAUUGUCUUUACUACAAAUUAUGUGGAGAAGCUUGAUCCAGCGCUGAUAAGAAGAGGUCGGAUGGACAAGCAUAUUGAGAUGUCCUAUUGCAGUUUCAAUGGGUUCAAAGUUCUUGCAAAGAACUACUUGGAUCUCGAAAACCACAAAAUGUUUGAGAGAAUUGAAAAGUUGAUGGAGGAGACCAAGAUCACUCCUGCUGAUGUUGCAGAGAACCUCAUGCCCAAAUCCUUAGUUGAUGAUCCAGAAAGAUGUCUUUCAAACUUUAUUCAAGUUCUUGAGAAAGUGUUGGAAAAUGCUUCUGCUAAGAAGUCCGAAGAGACCGAGCUAACUAAGGAAUCAAAUGCCAAUGGAAAAGCAGAAGCAGCAGAUAACGACAAGCAAUCGGUAGAAGAUGAGUCAACCAAGAGAGAGACUGUCCCAAUUUGAGUGCCAAAAACGAAUAUAAUUUCUUGUUGUCCUAGUUUAUUGCUUUUUUAAUAUUGUUCUACGUAGUACGUUGUACCACAAUCAUGUAUCUUUCUUUUUGAAUUUGAAGUAGCCCACUAGCAAUAUUAUCGUACUAACAAGCACACAAGUUCUUGUCAUCAUGAUUGAAAAGUAUUACAUUCCCCAAAUACUAUAGGACUUUUGUAUCUCUUUCAAUUAAUUAGAUAACUUGCAAUAUUAGAGAUUUUUAUGAAACCAUAAUUUGCUACACAAACUAGGCAUACAACUUCGAAGAAGAAAUAUCAGUUAUUUCAAAAUUUUGGCCAAAUUAGUUUAUUCUUCACUGAUUCUGCAGGCCAUAGGGGCAACGCCCGGUGCGACAAAAGACACAUAUUUUUACUCCCUGGUUUUGAUUCUAAAUCGAGAUGCGAGGAGGUCAUCAAUAAAAACGAAUUUGGAACAUGUAUAACCUCAAUAUUGUCAUAAACUAUAAAAUAUGAAUGCUUAGGACCAAGUCACUGUGAAACUUACAUGAUUUGGUGGCUCUGCACCUUUUUGUCUUCCAUUGUUUAACCGGAAGAAAGUGGCCAACUUUCUUAUAAUGACAUGCACUAACAUAAUAUAUUUGCAUAAUCAAAAUCCAGAAAAACAAAAUUUGAAAAUUGGACAUAUGAGAAGGAACAAUUCAACUUUUAGUACAGCUUUAAAAACAUCCUUUUUUUUUUUUAAAUAAUAAUUUAUUAAUAAUAUAUCAUUUUUUUAGGGCUUGUUAUUACCUGGAAGCACGAGUUUCAAGCUGUGAAUUAUGGUGGAAGAAAAAACAAAACUACUUUUUGACCAGCAACAGCCUAUUUCACUACCUAAUUUGACCAUCAGAGUAAUACCAUACAAAAGAUGCAGGAAAUUAUUUGUUUCCAAGGCAAAAGACAAACAAGAAUGUCAAAAGGGAAACAAAAUCCAAAAAUCUAGACAACUGAAACGAUGUGAUGCAAAAAAUGAAAAGAUGAUAAAGAUUUAGUUACCUUUGGAGGGAGGAUGGUACCAUUACAAUAAAGAAAAUCAGAGCCAACCAACCCAAAUGCCCAGAAGCAGAUCAAUGUCAAGACGGUAAAGAUAAUAAUACUACAGAGGCCUCAACAUCUAAAGCCCAAUUUUUCAGUUACAUAUUAGUUGAAAGGUUAUUGUACAUUGAUUGGAUGAACUAAAGAACUCCCAACAAAUUCUCAUUCAUCUUCUUAGUUUCUCCCCUCUAUUUUUUUUUUCUUUUUUUUUUUUUUUUAAGUUUUUCUUUUGAAUCUUGGACAUACUAAAAAAUGACUACCUAA